AAUCUAACACUUUGUAUAUUCUAGCAUAUUGAAAAGUAAGACAAGCAGUCAUGGCCUCAAAAGCACAGAGGAAACCUAAAGGCGAGAAACCAAAGGCUGAAAAACCUAAAUCUGAAGAUGUGGAGAUGAAAGAAGCAGAAGCACCAAAGCCACAAUCUGAGAUAGAUGCACUUACUAUAGAGGACAUCAAAGAUCACAUUAGCAUCAUUGAAAAAAGUGUUGUUAACAAAGAACCUCGAUUUGUUUUAAGAGUUUUGAGACAACUGGCAUCUACAAGGAAGCGAUUGAACGAUGCUGUCCUCAAUCAGCUCACUAAAACUUACAUUUCCGAUUCUUAUGAGUUCAAAGGAAAGCUGUUGAGUUACUUUCCUUGUUCUGACAGCAAAGAUGAAAAGCCUCAUGCUAGGAGUGUGCUUACUGAGAUAUAUGUCAAUCUCCUUGGACUGAUAAGUUUGCUGGACAAUAACCGCAUCAAUGACAGCAUCCCCUGUGCUCAGGCAUUGAUUAACCGAGUUAUGUCUGUUAAUAAACCCACCAUGCACUUACUGGGAGCUAGGUGUUUCUUCUACUACAGUCGAGCUUUUGAGAUGUCAGGAAGGCUUCAUGAAGCUCGUACACUUCUUCAUGGUCGCCUGCGUACCUCAACUCUCAGACAUGACAGCGAGGGACAAGCUAUGCUGUUAAAUCUCCUAUUACGGAACUACAUCCACUAUAACUUGUACGAACAAGCCGAGAAAUUGAUAAGCAAAACCACCUUCCCUGAAAAUGCUAACAACAAUGAAAGCGCAAGAUACCUUUUCUAUCUGGGUAAAAUCAAGGCAACCCAGCUGGAUUAUUCUGAAGCUUUCAAGAAUCUCAACCAAGCCAUAAGAAAGGCUCCCCAAAAUGCGGCCAUUGGAUUUAAGCAAGCUGCUACCAAGCUUCUUGUGGUGGUUCAACUUCUUCUCGGGGAGGUCCCAGAGCGCCACAUCUUCAGGGAUCAGCACCUGAUGAUGUCUCUUCACCCAUACUUACAGUUAACUCAAGCUGUUCUUGCUGGUGACCUGGCUAAGUUCUCCAUUGUCUUGGAAAAAUAUUCUGAUAAAUUCAUGAAGGAAGGUACAAUGACUCUGAUCAACAGGUUACGCCACAAUGUCAUCAAAACAGGUAUCAAGAGUGUCGCACUGAGUUACAGUAGAAUUAGUCUGGCUGAUGUUGCUGAUAAACUGCAGCUAGAUAGCCCUGAGGAUGCUGAGUACAUCAUCGCUAAGGCUAUCCAUGACGGUGUGAUUGAGGCCACGAUUGAUCACGAAAAGGGUUACAUGCAAAGCAAUGACAGUGCCAACGUUUAUGGAACCAACGAACCUCUGAAAGCUUACCACGAACGCAUCCGCUUCUGCCUUGACAUACACAACCACAGCAUCAAGGCAAUGAGAUUCCCUCCCAAAUCUUACAACGAUAACCUGGAGGAUGCACAGAAGCAGCGUGAGCGUGAGCAGCAGGACCUAGAAUACGCUAAAGAAAUAGCCGAGGAAGAGGACGAUGGAAUGUUGUAAAUUGCUCAGUUAUGUUUUGACACAAUGAUAAUUGACAUCAGCUUCUAUCACCUAUACACAGUCGUUUUCUGGUGGUAACUGGUAGAUAACCUUGACCUUCUCACAAAUUCGUCAAAAUUCUAUUUAGCUGCUUUAAAAAACGAUUUUAAUUGGUCAUAAUUGUGUAGGAAUUUAUAACCGCAUUUUGGUGUGUUAGUUUUUGCUUCAAGUGGAGCUUCAGGUGCUGGUCACAAACCUAUACUUAUAUGAUAUGGUAACUUUUCAAUUGUUGCACAAAAUGUGUUAUUAAUUAAGAAUUAUUUGUAUGAAUAAAAAUACCAUUUUUUCUUAGAAACACAUAUGUAGUGAUGUGGUAUGCCAUGGAUAGUAAUUUGAUAUUGUAUUGUUUGUAAGUUAA